AUGACUAAGCCUGCCAAGUUAGCACUGGAAGACGGUUCCGUGUUGUCCGGUUUUUCGUUCGGUGCCGACGGGGAAGUCGACGGCGAAGUGUGCUUCAACACUUCGAUGACAGGGUAUCAAGAGAUUCUGACCGACCCCAGCUACCGCGGGCAGAUCGUCACGAUGACCUAUCCCGAAAUUGGCAACUACGGUGUGAAUGCCGAAGAUAUCGAAAGUAGCAAGCCACACCUGGCCGGGUUCGUGGUGCGAGAAAACAGCCGUCGCCACAGCAAUUUCCGCUCCGACGGGGCCUUGAGCGAAUACCUACAGAAAUGGGGCGUAGUCGGCAUCGCCGGAGUAGACACCCGAGCCCUGGUGCGACGCAUCCGCAGCCAAGGCGCUUUGAAGGGUGUGCUAUCCACCACCGAUCUCGACGACGCCAGCCUGGUGGCUAAGGCCAAAGCCAGCAAAGGCCUAGUCGGUCGCGAUCUGGUGAAAGAAGUGAUCCCUGAAGAGGCCCGCCAGUGGGAUGAGCAAGUCAGCCGGUGGACGCACUUAGACGGAGACAAUGCGCCGGAGCAGGCUCCUGGGGAAGAUGCCCCCCACGUCGUAGCCCUCGACUACGGCAUGAAGUGGAACAUUGCCCGCCAUCUCUACAACAUCGGUUGCAAAGUCACGGUUCUCCCAGGCACAGCUUCGGCAGACGAUGUGCUGGCUCACACCCCCGACGGAGUGUUCCUCUCCAAUGGGCCUGGCGACCCCGAACCAAUCGAAUACGCCGUAAAGACAAUUCGCGGCCUGCUGGGUAAGAAGCCGAUCUUCGGGAUCUGCCUCGGCCAUCAGUUGUUGUCGUUGGCCUCGGGGGCGAAGACCUUCAAGCUCAAGUUCGGCCACCGCGGGGGCAAUCAGCCGGUGAUGAACUUGGCUUCAGGUCGGGUUGAAAUCACCUCGCAGAACCACGGCUUUGCCGUCGAUGAAGAAGGGCUGCCCGACGACCUGGAAGUUACGCACUAUAACCUCAACGACAACACCAUCGAAGGCGUACGCCACAAGUCGGCCCCCGCCUUCAGCGUGCAGUACCACCCAGAGGCCUCGGCCGGCCCACACGACAGCCACUACCUGUUCCAGCAGUUUCGCGAAUUGGUCGUUCGAACGCUGCUGAGCGCCUCGGGCUCGGGCGUUGAAGAAAUCGAAGACGUUCAGGCUCUUAUUCUGCCGUCGAUCGAUGCCAACUGGGUUGCCCAGGGUCCUGCACCGAUCCAGAAUGCCCAGGUCGAGAACAUCACUCCGAACAAUCAAGUUUCCGGGGCGAUUCACACCAUCGCGGCCCAUCCCACCAAUGCCAACAUCCUGUUCGUUGGUGCAACCAACGGUGGGAUCUGGAGAUCGAAGAACGCAACGGCAUCGAGCCCAAAAUGGGAACCGCUGAUUGAUGACAUGCCAUCGCUGUCCAUCGGUGCGCUCGAGUACGACCGGACCGAUGGCUCCAAUAACACUCUCGUCGCCGGUAUUGGUCUCUUCAGUAGUUUCGGUGGAGCCGGUGGCAACAGAACCGGUUUGCUUCGCACGACCGAUGGCGGCGAUACGUGGGAUAUUAUCGACGGCGGCGGCACGCUAAUCGGGAACAACAUUUCCGGCGUCGCCGCACGUGGUAACAUCAUCGUUGUCUCCGACAACUUCUCUGGGGUUUACCGCAGUACCAACACGGGUACGACUUUCUCAACGAUCUCUGGCACCAAUGGUCUUGGCGCUGGACGGGCAUUCGAUCUGGUGGGCAGCCCCACCAAUGACUCCACCCUCUACACCUCGGUGCGGGGCACGGGUACCGACAGCGGCAUUUAUAAGAGCACCGAUACCGGAGCGAACUGGACCAAGGUAAGCAGCCCAGAAAUCGAUGAAUUAAUCAAAUCCCCCGGUGAAGGCGAUUUCGUCACACAGAAUAUCGAAAUUGCCGCGGGAAAUGCGAACAACGUGUUUGUCGCCAUUAUCAACGACGGCCAACUUGCCGGUGUUUUUCGUUCGGGAGAUGGCGGGACCACGUGGACCCAGAUGGACGUUCCGCUGACGAACGAAGACGGUGGCGACGUCGGCACCAACCCACGCGUGAAGCCGGGUGAACUCCCAGGCUCGCAGGGUCAGAUUCACUUCUCGAUUCUGGCCGAUCCGAUCAACUCAAAUAUCGUCUACGUCGGUGGCGACCGUCAACCUAGAGGUUUCAACGACGAAGGCGAUUGGCCUAACGCCAUCGGGGCGAACAACUUCACGGGGCGCCUCUUCCGGGGCGAUGCCUCGAAACCUGAAGACGAGCAAUGGGUGCAUCUCACGCACACCAGUGGCCUGGGGCCCGCAGGCGGUGGAACGGCCAGCAACAGUGCUCCCCAUGCCGAUUCACGCGAAAUGGUCUUCGAUGCCAACGGGAACAUCAUCGAAGGCGACGACGGCGGCAUCUACCGUCGUACCAACCCCCGAUCGGACCUUGGCGAUUGGUUCUCCAUCAAUGGCAACCUGCAGGUCACUGAAUUUCAUAGCAUCGCCUAUGACAGUAAUUCCAACGUGAUUAUCGGCGGAUCUCAGGACAACGGUACUUCUGGCCAGAACUUUGCAGGAUCGACUGUCUGGACCCAAGGCUCUGGCGGCGAUGGUGGUGACGUCGCCGUGGACGAUACCAGCACACCAGGACUCUCAUACCGGUAUUCCAGUAGCCAAAACCUGGGCGGGUUCGUAAGAAGCACGUUCGACGCCAACAACAACUUCCUGGGCGCGACACCGGUCGGCUUGCAAGAGCUGUCUGUCAACGAACUCACCACCAUUUUCGUAACACCGAUAACCCUGAACGACAUCAACCCGACCCGCAUGAUCAUCGGAGGUGGCAACUCCACUUGGGAAUCGUUCGAUCGCGGCGACACGAUUUCGAUCGUCGGAGCAGGCAUCCAAGUCAAUUCAAGCUCGAUGCCGAUCGCUUACGGAGGACGGAUCGGAAACACGGCCAACCCCGAUGUGCUCUAUGUGGGCGCUGGCAGUAGCGUCUUCGUUCGACCGACUGCUGCAGACCAGUUGGAACCCGCCAUCAGCUAUGAAGGCGGGUUCGUCAUGGAUAUCGUCCUAGACGAUAACGACUGGCGCACGGCUUACGUCAUCGACGGAAACGAUGACGUUUGGGUCACUAACAAUGCCGGCGAUACUUGGGCCAAUAUCACGACUGACCUGUUCACGGUUACCGAUCAAUUGCGAUCUCUCGAGUUUGUGCCUGGCAUGUUCCAGGACACUCUGGUAGUUGGAACAGGUACGGGGCUGUUUGCCACCAGCACAAGUUCGUUGGGCGAUUGGGCCGAGGUCGGCAACCUGCCCAACGCCCCAAUUUGGGACCUCGAUUACGAUGUGGCCGACGAUGUCCUGGUCGUGGGCACCCUCGGGCGAGGAGCGUGGGCGCUGAGCAAUGCGACGGAGAUCUUGAACCCGUUUGAUCUUCCAGACCUCGUUGGCGACUUCUUCAAUAUCGACACAGACGUCGCCUUGGCUGGUGACUUAGUCGACAUUGAGUACCGCAUCAAUAACGCGGAUGUCGUACCGUCUGGCGGCUACCGCGUCGAUUUCUAUCUGAGCUCAGACAACACCAUUACCACCGGCGAUCGGUUCCUAAGCAGCCAGAACCUUCCAAGCCUGAAUGGCGGGGCCACCACGGCGACGUUGAUGAAGUCGCUACAACUUCCCGCAGCAACCGAUUCCUUCUGGCAGGGUGGGGGCACCUUCCACAUCGGGAUGAUCAUCGAUCGGUUCGAUUUGACGCUCGAAUCGGACGAAUCGAAUAACAGCAACGUCGGGCAACUAGUCGAUCGUGACAACCUGGUUGUCAACAUUCCAGACACUCAGGCCGAUUUGCAGGGCAUCAACUUCAACGUGCUACAAGAGCCCCUGGUUUCUGGAGACAGCUUCGACCUGAAGUUCUCCAUCCGCAACGAAGCGACUUUCAACGCCGGAGCCUUUAACGUCUCGUUCUACCUAAGUCGCAACGGGCACAUCUCGGCCAGCGACGUGUUGCUUGGCCAAUACGCCGUCAAUUCGCUCGCCGGCGAUACCGUGCACCAGGAUACGAUUACCCUGGAACUACCCUCCGACGAAUCAUUCUAUGCAAACGCCAACGAUGAAUACUUCAUUGGCAUGAUCGUCGAUUCGGGUAAUGCCAUUAGCGAAUCGAACGAAGGGAACAACCAGAACCGUGGUGAACUGUUCGAUCGCGACACGGUGAUCAUCACCAGGGCGGGCUCUCAAGUCUUGCCACCGCUGCCCGACACCCUGGGUGUGUUCAACCCGACAACGCAUACAUUCUUCUUGCGUAAUUCAAACGACUCAGGCGUCUCCGAUGUCGCGCCAUUCAAUCUGCCCGACGGGGCGAAUGCGAUUCCUGUCUCGGGCGACUGGAACGGCGACGGGGUCGAUACCGUCGGCGUAUACAACUCCGAUACCGGUGAAUUCAAGCUAAUCAAUGAAAACGCCGGCGGAGUGAACGUCGAAAUCGUCUUCAACUUUGCCGUGCCGGGUCUGUUGCCCAUCGCCGGAGACUGGAACAACGAUGGGGUCGAUUCGGUCGGGGUAUACGACCCCAGCACUUCGACCUUCUACCUGCGAGCCUCGAACGCCGGCGGUAAUGUGCCGGUGGCGGUCUUCAACUACGGUAUGCCCGGCUGGCAGCCAAUUGUGGGCGACUGGGACGGAAACGGCAGCGAAACCAUCGGGCUGUACAACCCUGCUACUGCCACGUUCUUCCUGCGAAACACGAACGAUGCAGGCAUGGCCGAUGUCCCUGUGUUCAACUACGGUCUGCCGAACUGGGUUCCGCUGGCCGGCGAUUGGAACAGCGACGGCGUUGAUACGAUCGGCGUGUACAACGCCGGGACCGCCACCACGUUCCUGCGGAACUCGAACAACUCCGGGGUGGCCGACGUGCCGGCCUUCAACUACGGGGUGCCCAACUGGAUGCCCAUCGUUGGCAAGUGGGUCGAUACGGUUCAACCGCUACUGGCCGCCGAGGGAGUUGGUGCCUCGUCCGCAGCUUCGCUCUCAACCAGUGACAUUCAAUCGGUGUUGAAUGAAGCAGCCGGUAAAUGGGCCGCCGCGGGCGACGAGGCCGUGAACCGGUUGUUGGGAACCGACAUCCGCAUUGCCGAUUUGCCAGGUGCCAUGUUGGGCCGGGCCGUGGGCGAUCGGGUGUAUCUCGAUAUCGACGCCGCAGGUCACGGCUGGUUCGUCGACCCAACGCCCGGGAGUGACGACGGAUAUGAACUACUGGCCACCGGAGUGCUUUCAGCCGAUUCAGGUCCAGCUGCCGAAGGAAUCGACCUGCUGACGGUGCUCGAGCACGAGUUCGGCCACCUGCUCGGCCUGGCCGAUCAUGAUGACGACCCGACGGACAUCAUGUUCGAAAGCCUGGCCAAGGGUCAGCGAAGAACCGCCUAG